AUGACAAAGUCUCCGCCCCGAUCAAGCUGGGGCUCCGACACCAUGAAUGUGAAUCCAAACAACGACAUCCAUGACGAGAACGUGGUCACAAACUCUGCGACCUCUGACAAUGCCCACAUCGUCGAGUUCGUCCCGCCCCGAAUGGCGACUGCCAAAAGCUUGACGGCCGAUCAAUUACGCGCCGGGCUGGAGACCCUACCACAGGAACUCUUCGACUCGAUCGGGGAGUACACCUUCACCGCACAGCCCGGAACGCGCAGCAUCAGCACCAAAUCCGGCCGUGCCACCCACCGAGCGCACCUCAAGCUACUUCAAGUCGACUCGGCCACCCGAAAUCUCUACGCCCAAAGUUACUACGGCCAGGGUGCGAUUAUUCGACUCAUGACCGACGAUAACGUUAGCUGGCUGAACAGUCUUUCGGCGGGUCAUGCAGCACUUCUUCGCGAUUUCGUCUUCGUUUAUCACUGGCAAGUACGGACCUUGGGAUCCCCGUAUUUGGGGUCCUUCCACAAGAGCGGGCUGACGUUGAGGUUGGGGGAUCAUGAGUGCCACGGAGCAGAGGUGAUCAGGCACUUGCGAUCGAAAUGGCUUCUGGAAUCAUGGACGACUUUGGACAAGAGGGAUGUUGAUCAGCGGUUCCGUGCCGGCUUGGUGAAGGAGCUCGACAUGGGUGAUGUCGUUGUGUGA